AUGAAGCUCUAUCCCUCCAUCAGCACCGACCUCGCAGACUGGGCCACCCGCCAACCCGUCUUCUUCACCGCCUCGGCACCCACCCACCUCCCUCACAUCAACGUCUCGCCCAAGGGCCUCUCGGCCCACUUCGCCGUCCUCUCGCCGAACCUGGUCGCCUACAUCGACCGUACCGGCUCCGGAUGCGAGACCAUCGCCCACAGCUACGAGAAUGGGCGCUUGACGCUUAUGUUCAUGUCCUUUGGCCCCUCGCCUCGCAUCCUCCGCCUCUUCUGCAAGAGCCGGAUCAUCGAGUGGGACCAUCCCGAGUUUGACUCGUGGAUGAAGCGUAUCGUCCCCCAGGGCCCGACGGGCCGGGACUCGUACGAUGGCGCGAGGGCCGUUGUGGUCGGCGAGGUCUGGGAGGCCCAGACGAGCUGCGGGUACGGCGUGCCGAUGGUCCGCAAGGAGCUCUACGCGCCGCCGGCCGGAGACGGCUCGCGCAAGGGCGACGAGCUCUCCGUCUUCGAGGAGCGCCCCACCCUCGACUUCUUCUCGAAGAAGAGCGUCGACAACAACACCAUCAACAAGUACCGUGUCGAGAAUAACCGGGCCUCCCUCGACGGCCUCCCCGGGCUCCGCGUCGCGCGACGGGACGCCGGCGAGACCCUGUGGGUAGUCGACGCAAGGGCCAGGCUCGCCCGCGCGGCGCGCGAGACGGACGGCCUGCUCCUCGGCGUGCUCCUCGCGGUCCUCGCCUACUGCGCUGUCACCUGGGGUGCUGCGGGGUGGGCGCGUGCGACGGCGCCCGGGAGCCCGAUCUGA